UCAUUAACCGAAGAUGGCGGAGGACUUUAGUGAUACAAAUUCGCACGAAAUUACGAAAAAUCACAUUACACAAAGGUGCAAAAAUCAGUGGGUGCGUCUCAAUGUAGGCGGAACAUAUUUUCUAACUGCGAAAACGACUUUAACGAGGGACCCAAACUCGUUUCUAUAUAGAUUGUGCCAGGAGGACUCUGACCUGAUCUCCGACAGGGAUGAGACUGGAGCCUAUCUUAUAGAUCGUGAUCCAACUUACUUCAGUCCAAUUUUAAAUUACCUGCGACAUGGAAAGUUGGUUAUCAAUAAAGACCUGGCGGAGGAAGGUGUUUUAGAGGAAGCGGAAUUCUACAAUAUCACCGAUCUUAUUAGGCUAGUCAAGGAAAGAAUUCUUCUGAGAGACACGCGACCGAUGCGCGACUCCCAGAAACUCGUCUACAGGGUCUUGCAAUGCCACGAAGACGAGCUCACGCAAAUGGUUUCCACGAUGUCCGAUGGAUGGAAAUUCGAGCAGUUAGUAAACAUAGGUUCCCAGUAUAACUAUGGCAAUGAUGACCAAGCGGAAUUCCUUUGCAUUGUGAGUCGGGAAUACGGUCCGAGUCAAUUAGCCACUAAAGAGCAGGAAUCAACGGAUCGCGUUAAGGUUCUGCAGCAGAAGGGUUCACGUAUGUAAUCUCUAGUCCCAUCCUUUUUGUUGUUACUCCUCCCUUUGAAAACGUUUGCGACGACAAGACGAAGACUAGUUUCUAUUGAUUUAUUUUCAAAUUAAUCUCGUGAGAUGCGCGCAAUAAAUUUUCUCGAGCCCCUGUCGUCUGCUCUAGGAAAAUUGCCCUUAGAAAAAAA